AAAAUAAGAGGCCCAAAAACCCCGUUUUUUUUUUUGGUCGGACCCAAAAACCCCGUUCUGUUAAACCGUUGGUGCUAAACAAUUUCAGUUCGACGUGGGAACCCAGCUUCUCUGCAUAAACCUCUGCUUCCAAAAUCUAAUCCGCCGAGGCGAGCACAAGUCCUUAAUCAUGGAUGCCGGAUGUCGGCAAUCGCGAUUUAGACUACCCACUUCUCCGCUCCAAGUUUCCGUUGCGGCGGGUUCUCCACUUGUACGCCCAAUUCACGGCCAAGAACCCUGGAGACCGGGCAAUGAUUCCAGGUGUUGCAGAGGGAUUAAAAUGGCUGGUCGCAGAGGAGAAAGGAUCGUGUGUAACGGAUGGUUCCUGCCUGUGGAUGCAUGGGCGCCAACCAUUGAUUCACAGAGCAUUGCCCCUCAGCUCUUCGCACUCUCUUUGUUCCCUUACAUUGGCUUCUUGUACUUCAUCACCAAAUCCAAGACUGCUCCAGGCCUCACCCUCUUCGGAUUCUACUUCUUGCUCGCCUUUGUGGGCGCUACAAUUCCAGCUGGAAUUUAUGCGAAAGUGCAGUAUGGAACUUCAUUGUCUAAUGUGGAUUGGUUGCAUGGUGGAGCUGAAUCGCUUCUCACAUUAACAAACAUAUUCAUCGUCCUGGGCUUGAGGCAAGCCCUUAGGAAAGGGAACGAAUCAGAUAAGGGCGAUUGAAGUCCUGGUUCAUUGAUCAAAGAGGAAAACAGGACCUUUGACUAGCAGCUUGAUGCAUGUAUUUGCUCUUCUUGUGCAUGCUUUACUACAAUUAUUGCAAUGGCACAUCACCAGAUUAGCAUUGCUUAGUUUGGAGGUACCAAGAAUGUCCAUAUAUGAUCGAAAUUAAGAGUAUCUGUUCAUCUGCUACCUACUGUACUGCUCAAGCAUUAAAGAAAUUUACUGCCAUUGGGUAUGUUGUAUAUCUCUCUUCUUGGCACCUCUAAAAGUGGUUUCUUUUUACUACAUAUGCUCUCAGAUUGAAGGUGAAGGCUAAGAUUCUUGUCUUGGUUCUAAUCCCAUCUGCUGGUGGAGCUUGUAACAUCUAAGCUAUGAAAGGCUUCUUCAGUCAUGUUAUUACACAGUACUUGUGAUUCAACACUAGCCAAUUACUGCUGUUAUUGCUAAAUAAAAACUCAGCUUCAAG